CGGUCGCCCGUGUGGGUGCGGAGCAGCCAGCCCGGCGCGGCAGGCAUCCAUCCCCACGCGGGCGGACGCGCCCCGAAGAAGGCCAGACCGGGGAGCGGGCCUUGGCGGGUUUGAGAGCUCUCCGGCGGGAGAAGCGCGGAUUGGCUGCGAGGCGGGGACUACCGGGAGGUCGCCGGUGCCAUGGGUUGUGGGAGCCAGCCGCUGGCGGCGAUUCCCGCCCUCCUGCUGCUCUCCGCUUUGCUGCUCAGGAGCUCCGCGGAGAAGCUCGGAGAUGGAUGUGGACCUAUGAUCAUCUAUCAAGACAGUGGAACUCUGGCAUCCAAGAACUAUCCUGGGACUUAUCCCAACCACACAGUCUGUGAAAAGAAAAUUCAGGUGCCUGAGGGGAAACGGCUGAUAUUAAAAUUUGGAGAUUUGGAUAUUGAAUCCCAGAAGUGUGAAUCUGACUAUCUUAGCAUCUAUAGCUCAACAACAGUGCAUGGACCAUACUGUGGCAAUGUGCCUGUCCCAGCAGAAAUAAUACUGGAUUCUAAUGAAGCAACUGUUCACUUUGAGAGCAGGUUCCAUGUGUCUGGAAGAGGAUUUCUGCUAUCCUUUGCUAGUAGUGAUCAUCCAGAUCUAAUAACAUGUCUGGAAAGAGCAAACCACUAUGUGGAGAUGGAAUACAGCAGGUAUUGUCCAGCUGGUUGCCGAGACGUAGCAGGUGAUAUUUCUGGGAAUAUAGUGGAAGGUUACAGAGAUACAUCCUUAUUAUGCAAAUCUGCCAUACAUGCUGGAGUAAUUGCAGAUGAACUUGGUGGCCAGAUCAGUGUGAUUCAGCUGAAAGGAACAAGACGCUAUCAGGGAAUCUUUGCCAAUGGCAUUCUUUCACAGGAUGGCUCUUUGUCAGAUAAACGGUUUAUUUUUAAUUCAAAUGGUUGCAAUAAAUCACUGAACCCAGAAGGAGAAGAUGCUUUUAAUGGUCAGAUCACUGCAUCAUCAUUUUGGGGUGAAACCAAUGAAAAUGGGGAGGUGAUUCAGUGGACUCCCAAUAAGGCUUGGCUCAAAGCUCCAGGACCAUCUUGGGCAGCAAACCAGAGCAAUCAUAGGCAGUGGCUAGAAAUUGACCUUGGAGAGAAAACAAGGAUAACAGGAAUUAGAACUACAGGGUCUACUGUGCUCAAUUUUAACUAUUAUGUUAAGACGUUUAUUGUGAACUAUAAAAAUAACAACUCAAAAUGGAGGACUUACAAAGGAAUCGUAAGCAAUGAAGAAAAGGUAUUCAAAGCCAACUCUAAUCAUGGAAACAUAGUCCGAAAUAAUUUCAUUCCUCCUAUAGUAGCCCGGUAUGUGAGAAUUAUUCCACAGAGCUGGCACAAAAGAAUUGCUCUGAAGGUGGAACUUAUUGGUUGUCAUAUAACACAAGUGAACAGCUCCCUUCUGGAUCCACUCUGGCAAAGACCCAGUCAAAGCACAGGUGUUUCCAUUAGAAAAGAAGAUAAAAGAAUCACAGAAGCCAUACCUUCAGAAGAAAGCAACCUAAAUACUUUUGCAGGACAGAAUACAGCUAGAAGGCUAAUGGACAGGGAAAAUGUGAUGGGGCCAAUCCAAGAUCUUCCUUCCACAGGAGAAGGGGCGCCACUCAUGGAAGGAUUGAAACUUACCGCCAUUAUUGUUCCGGUCAUGGGGGUGUUUUUGCUGUUCGUGAUAACUGGAAUUUAUAUCUUCUUGCGGAAGAGAGGAAAGAAAGGCAUUACUUACGGUUCAUGGGACACUGGAAAACCAGGUUUCUGGAAACAAAUCAAACAGCCAUUUGUCAGACAUCAAUCUACUGAAUUCACAAUCAGUUACAAUAAUGAAAAGGAAACACCACAAAAGCUCGAUCUAGUCACAAGAGAGAUAGCAGAUUAUGAACAGCCUCUUAUGAUAGGAACUGGGACAGUAACCCGAAAGGGAUCCACAUUCAGACCAAUGGACACGGAGGAUGAAAAGAAAAGCAGCUCGGAGAUUGAGAACCACUACCUCUGUCCUCAGAGAGCAGAUCGUCAUGAUUAUGCCCUGCCGUUGACCAGUCAGGAGCCUGAAUAUGCCACUCCUAUUAUAGAGCGACACGCAGGAAAAGGAACUGUGUUUCCUUCAGAGAAUUGCUACAGUUUUCCCACCGCUUCUUCCACUCACGCAUAUGCGCUUUCUUCAAGCAAGUCCACUGCUUCAUGCCAGACCAGUGCAGAGAGUGGAAGCUACCAAACACCACAAAGUCAAAAAGAGUAUGAUAAACCAAAAAUUAAUACUGGGGACUAUAGCACUGACUAUCAAAAGCCCCAGUCCAGUACACUGAUGAAGGAGGGCUAUUCAACACCCAGAUACUGCCUGAAACCUAUAAAUCAGAGUGCAGUGGUAGCUGUCUUGUAACAGAGACCAAGGAAAAACUUGCUGCUGUGAUGGUCCAAGCACUGGAAUGGACUUAGAGUAAAACAAAUUUUGUUUUACCACAAGGAAAAUCACAUUUCUGCAGUAGGAAAGAGUGUGUUGUUCCUCACUUUUUUCACCAUGAGAAGCCUUCGCUGUGAGGACUGCAGCCUGUUGAUACUCUACAGCUGUGAGAAUGGUGCUGUUUUAAUAUUGUGCAAUGUGUACAUAUGUUUUUAAUUUAAGGAAAAUAACUUAAGGAUUCCUCUACUUUUUCAUUCUGAGUGUUUGUAGGAGAGGGAGGUUAAUGUGAUUAACUAGCCAUUGCACUGAUUUUUAUUUCAAAGUAGUAUCCUACGUUCAGGUGAUGUUUAUUGCACCAUGUCCUUAUUUAGCCCCAUACUGCAACCUUAAGAGUGCAUUCUGAGAAGGUCUUUGAAACUCCAUGUGCAGAGCAGCUUCUCCUGCACACUAACAGAAAAAGGCAUUGCACCCAAGUGGUGCAAAUGUUGUGACAAGGAAAGCUGAAUUGUGACUUGUCUAAUUUAUGUAAAUUGAGCAGAAGCAUUUUUUCUUUCCAUAAUUCAUGCUGACUUUGCUAGUUAUGAGGAAGGGAAAGCACUGAAAAAAUUAUUUAUUCACUCUUCUAGGCUUUCAGAAGGUGUGCCUACUCUGACCAGUAUAUCUUCACAGAUGUAGAGCCUUAGAAACUUGCUUAUUUUAAAAUUAAAGCUGAACUUUCUCAGGACCGAAUUUUGCAUUCACCACACUGCUGUUUUGACUUUCUGCACUCCUGCAGAGUUUCAGAAUGCACAAAAACAGUCUUUACAGUACAGCUCAUUUCCAAACAAAUGGGUUGAGUAUGUAUUUGCCCCUGACCUGACUAGAAGUUAAUUUUCCAGUGCAAUUGUAAGUGAAUUAUUUAUAUGUAUCUCUUUGGAGAAUAUAAAAAACACUUCAAGAUACUGCAGGAAUUAAAUGGGAUGUUUAAACCAAUUUUUGCCACUGCCCAUUACUAAGCAAGUUUAAUUCUCUUGAAUUUGAUUUUCUUGUUUGCCCAAGAAUGGAGUCUGUUUAUUCACAUAAUGGCAAAGGAGAGAAGAUAAAACUCAGUGAUCUGGGGCUACAAAUGAUAUUUUCAGAUAUACCUUUUGAAAAAAUGGCACAAAGGCUACUUGCCUAAACAUACAUAUUGAAGAAUGGGAUCUUCAGUAAACAUGCAUAGGAUAGUGCUGUAAACCUCUAUCCCUUUGGAAGCUGUAGCAGCAAAUUAUUUUGCAUAGGAGGGGCCACAGUUCAAUGCUGGGGCACAUACCUUGUAUAUAGAAGCUUUCAGGAUGGGUCCUUUGCAUUUGCCAUUUUGUUUGUUUGUUUGUUUUAAGCAAACAAAAUAAACCAAA